CUUAAAGAAAUAAAACAUAUAUACGAUGAAAAAAAAUUAUAAAAGGAAGCAACAAAUUGUCAAAUACACGAGCGAGAGAGCAGCGGUGGCCCGUUCCAAUUUCCAACCCAUUGUUCUCAUUCUCAAUUCUUCAUCUUCACCUUUUUCUAGGGUUGUCUCCUUUCUCUAAUUUCAGACCUGGGCUUCUUCAAUUCUAAGCAAUGGCCAAAAAGAAAGAGAACGUAAUCCGAAUUGAUCACAUACCAAAGUCUUGCCGGCAGCCCAGAAGUCAUCCCAGACGCCGCACGGACUUCUCCACCCUCCUCUCAACUCCUUUCCAUGGAGCAGGUUCCUUGCUGAGGUCCUCCAGCAGCAAAGAUACACUAUCAAGCGUCAGUAUAGCUAGUUUGGAUGAUAGGAUGGAAAAGAGGACUGAAAUGGCCAAGCUUCCUCUGAUUAAAUGCAAUAAUUCUGAGGAUAAAGGAUUGUGUUCAGAUGUCUAUGAAAUUCCCAUUGAUGAAGUUGAAUCAGUUGUCCAGGGUGCACAUUUUGACUCCGGCAAUGAUAGGACUUUUGAUGAACAAAAAGAUGAUAAUGCUGCAACAUUGGAUUUCAUGCCAAUAAAAUCACAAGUCAUGGAAAGCAGUGGUGCUUUCACAAACCCAGGAAGUGUAGUAUGGGCUAAGACAGCUUGCCAAGUAUGGUGGCCUGCUGAAGUCAUGGAAGAAAAAUCCACCGAUUCAAGAAACCAAGGCAUUGAUGGACAUGUUUUAGUACAGUAUUAUGGGAACCAUCACAGUGCUUGGGUUGAUCCAGAUAGAGAUCUGUCACUGUUUGAGGAUUGCUUUGAAGAGAGAAGCUGUAACCCUAUGGAAGAUUUCCAAGAUGCUUUGAAACAAGCACUGCACAGAAAGAGACAUCUCAAUUCAUGUAGACAAUUGGUUGGAAGCCCUGAUGGACCAGAUAACUUACAUCAGCAAGACCAGUCAUCUGAAAAAUGCAUUUCAUCAUGUUCAAGCAGAACGGAAGAUGAUUCCAUUGAAAGGGGGAGGGGGAAGAGGAAACGAAAGCCUAAAGUUCACUUUGAUGCGGUGGCACUUCCAUUGAAACCAGCAAGAAAGGUUCGCCGGUUCAGGAUAAUGCGGUACCUUGGCCUCAUAGCUCCAGUUGGUUCACCUUUUUCACUAGCUCAUGCAAGAAUCGCUUCCAAGUAAUGUGGAGCUUUCAAUCUGAUUUCCUUCUUUUUUGCAGCUGUAGAAUAUGUCUUAUUUAUGAUAGUGAAUUCCCUCAGUUAUUUUGCCUGUAAAAAGGUCACUGUCAAAUCAAUAAUAAGUGUCUCCAAUGUUAUCAUUUGGGAUGUACGGGAGUGUAUAUAAAACAUAGUUUUUUGACCA